UUUAUUCUUCGUUCCCUUUUUUUUUUCAUGAUAAAUAUUCUAUUUCACGUGCAUUGCAUCUGGUCACCCUACUUGUGCCUUGCAUUUAUUUCCGACUGAGAUGGGAGGGUCUGUUUGAUCAGUAAUUCCAGAACACCCGGUGCGUAGCCACUACGCGGAGUAGAUUAGAACGACGCAGACGGGCGAAGUGGUUGCGGAUGGUGCAGGCGCAGACGCGAACUGCCUAGUAAACUAACAGAGGCUCUUAUGAGACUGGCCUGGCAAUCAAUGGCAUGGCAGAAUGCUCGAGACCAAGUUCUCUUUGACCAUAGUCCGUGCAGUGCGCGCCAGAGAUUACAGUUUCUCACCCUCUCCCUUCAGGGUGUGCGAAUACCGCGCGCCGAAUACAGCACGUUCUCGCGUGCGUGACAUGCGAAUCCUCGAAAAUGAGAUUGCGCGCAUGGCUCGUGCGAUAAACGCUUCGUAAUAAGCUGUGCACUUCUAAUAGCGAUGAAUCGCGCUUUGAGUUAAUUAAUUAAUUACGUCGCGAGCAAGUUAUUAAGUAACGUGGCGUUGAGCGAACGAAGUCAGGGAGUAUCUCGUUUCUACUCGAUCGACACGAGUCUGCGAUCUGUACAGCGCGACAUGCCGUUGUGACAUCGGUCAUCCGUGAUAAAUCGACGAACUAAGCGGUUAGGAUCACCGGGUGGACCAUGAACCAUGGAUACGCGGCUCGAGAACGACGCGACUUCGGAAGAGAAACGUAAAGAAGAACGCGCUUAAGCCAUGGGUAGCGGAGGAGUUGGUGAAGUACCAACGAUAUUUCACCCCCGACGAUCGCGUACGUCGAAUAUAACCUUCGUCGAAGAUCAGCAGACCCACGGUCCGUUCAUCACUCCCAUCCAGAUUGCGCUCCACGCUUCAGGAUGCGAGCAACAGCAGGGUUGCAGCGUCGUCGACGGAUGCGGCGAUUCUGCGCCAAGUUGUCGCACCCUAGAGGCUACCGGAAGUGCCGGCAGCGGUGGCGAUAGUGGGACCGGCAGUGUGCAAACGACAAGCCAAACUCAAUCCUCAACUCAUGUGAUCUCUGCUCCAAUAGUUCAGCAACCGCAACAACCAAGCUCGAUUUCGGCCUGCGUCGCCUCCUGUUGCGCGGAAAGCGCGAAGAAGAUCUAUUUCGGCGUGUGCGUGACGAUAUGUGUAACCGCGAGUUGGGUUGGCGCGACUCAUUGUAUUAAGUAUUUGUACUUUCGUAAAUCAGAUAAGAUCUCGGAGAUGUCCGAAUCCGUAAAUUCCUCUGUGAGCGGACUUCAUCAUCAACAUAUCAUUCUUCCAUACGAUGCGCCCUUCUUUACAACGUGGUUUUGUACCAAUUGGGAAAUCUUAUACUUUCCGGUAUACUUCAUUUGUUGGGCUACGAGAACCAAGUGCGCCACCCCUUCGGAAAUAAUAGCUGAGAGUCUUCGCGGUUUCCGUGAUAAGGGUUUCACUGGCGGCCGCUUCUUAAUUAGAUGCAGUCUUUUCUGCAGCUUAUGGGUCAUCACAAAUUAUUUAUAUAUACUCUCGCUGAGAAUACUACUAGCCACGGACGUGAUGGCAUUAUUUGCAACCAAUGUAUCAUGCGUCUACUUACUCUCGUGGGUCAUACUUCAUGAACAAUUCGUGGGUGUGAGGAUAGUCGCGGUGAUCCUCUGUAACACUGGUAUUGCGCUUUUAGCUUACAUGGACGGAAUAACUGGAAGUCCAACGUUAGGAGGUGUCGUUUUAGCUACAGCAGCGGCAGCUGGCUCUGCCGUUUACAAAGUACUCUUUAAGAAAGUAAUUGGAGAAACUACGUUCGGCCAAAUGUCUUUAUUUUUCUCUCUUAUCGGUUUAUGUAAUGCCGCCUUAUUAUGGCCAAUUUGCCUGGCUCUGUAUUUUUCUGGAGUGGAAACCAUACACUGGGCAAGAUUACCUUGGGCAGCUUUACUCUCUGCCAGCAUCCUUCAUUUAGUUGCGAAUAUGCUCGGCAAUUUCAGUAUCGCGCUCACUUACGACCUGUUCAUUACUCUUGGAUUAAUAACAGCUGUACCUGUAUCUGCUGCAUUGGACGUUAUUUUUUAUGGAGCGUAUUUCAUGGGCAUGAAAUUAGCAGGCAUGAUCUUCAUAGCGGUGGGUUUCUUCCUCGUAAUGUUCCCGGAUAAUUGGCCAGAUUACAUAACAAGACUUCUUCGAAACGUAGUCCUCAUGAGUCACAGUACAAGCUUAUGAUGAAAGAUUGGAGAAUCGCCAGAUUUCUACGACACAGAUGUCUUCCACCCCAACCUACCCCAAGAGUUAACAUGAGCAUAUGGAGAGAACAUAUAGAUUAUAGAGUCUUUAAGUAAGAGGGAAAUCCGCGUAUCGAGAUAUUCAAGCAACACGCGACAGUCCCUACCGAUUAUGUUAAAAAAAAAAAUCAACGAGACCGCGCUACGAGACAUACAGUCGAGAGGAGCCACCGCAGGUCUACCCUCGUACGAAGAUAAUCGAGAAAUCGAUUUAUGAGAGUCUCGGACUUGAUAUAUAUACGCAGUACCACGGGGGGCGG